AUGUGCCUGUUGAACUUUAUCUGCACUGAUCGCGCGUGUAGAUUCUGUAGCCGACAGCAGGCCAAUCGUUGUCUGACACUGCUUUGUCCAGGUUUAACGUUACACGCUAUCCCCCUACACUCCACACCUAUACUACAGUGUCCCCCUACACUCACACCUAUAUUACAGUGUCCCCCUACACUCACACCUAUACUACAGUGUCCCCCUACACUCACACCUAUACCAGUGUCCCCUACACUCACACCUAUAUUACAGUGUCCCCCUACACUCACACCUAUAUUACAGUGUCCCCCUACACUCACACCUAUACUACAGUGUCCCCCUACACUCACACCUAUAUUACAGUGUCCCCCUACACUCACACCUAUACUACAGUGUCCCCCUACACUCACACCUAUACUACAGUGUCCCCCUACACUCACACCUAUAUUACAGUGUCCCCCUACACUCACACCUAUACUACAGUGUCCCCCUACACUCACACCUAUACUACAGUGUCCCCCUACACUCACACCUAUAUUACAGUGUCCCCCUACACUCACACCUAUACUACAGUGUCCCCCUACACUCACACCUAUACUACAGUGUCCCCCUACACUCACACCUAUAUUACAGUGUCCCCCUACACUCACACCUAUACUACAGUGUCCCCCUACACUCACACCUAUACUACAGUGUCCCCCUACACUCACACCUAUACUACAGUGUCCCCCUACACUCACACCUAUACUACAGUGUCCCCCUACACUCACACCUAUAUUACAGUGUCCCCCUACACUCACACCUAUACUACAGUGUCCCCCUACACUCACACCUAUACUACAGUGUCCCCCUACACUCACACCUAUAUUACAGUGUCCCCCUACACUCACACCUAUAUUACAGUGUCCCCCUACACUCACACCUAUAUUACAGUGUCCCCCUACACUCACACCUAUACUACAGUGUCCCCCUACACUCACACCUAUACUACAGUGUCCCCCUACACUCACACCUAUAUUACAGUGUCCCCCUACACUCACACCUAUACUACAGUGUCCCCCUACACUCACACCUAUACUACAGUGUCCCCCCGUACUGGGAAAUCAGUAA